AUACAUAAAUUUAUGAUAUAGUUUAAUCAUCACUCAAAGAAAAGAAAAGAUAAAACUCCAAAACUUAGAAAUGGGUAAGAGUCACUUUGUGUUGAUUCAUGGAAUAAACUAUGGUGCAUGGUGUUGGUACAAAGUUUCAACUCUUCUAAAAUCAGCUGGUCAUGAUGUUACAUCUUUGGACAUGGCUGCUUCUGGCAUCAAUCCAAUUCAGGUUCAAGAUAUUUCUUCAAUCUUAGAUUAUACUGAACCUUUGAUGACAUUCAUGGAGUCACUUCCUUCAGAUGAAAAAGUGAUUCUUGUUGGUCACAGUUUUGGUGGAAUCUACAUUUCCAUGGCUAUGGAAAGGUUUCCACACAAAAUCUCUGUUGCAGUUUUUGUUACUGCCUUUGUUCUAAGUGAAAAUCUCACUCACCCUGAUAUUAUUGAAGAGUUGAAUAGAAGAAGAGAGGGAGAAGAGAAUUGGUCAAUGGACUCAAAAUAUUUCUUCUUUGAUGGGCCGGACAACCCUCCAACAGCCUUAUUAUUUGGACCUAAAUUUAUGGAAUCCAAAAUGUACCAAUUAUCACCACCUGAGGAUUUGAGGCUUGCAUUGUCAUUGGUAAGACCCUUUCCUCUCUUCAAAGAUAAAGAAUUAUUUCUGAAAGAGAUGAAAGUUAGCAUGGAGAAAAAUGGAAGUGUACCUAAAAUCUUCAUCGUUUGUAAAGGAGACAAUAUGAUAAAAGAAGAUUCACAAAGGUGGAUAAUUGAGAAAAGUGGUACAUAUGUUGAGGUGAAUGAGAUAAAUGAUGCAGAUCAUAUGGUCAUGUUUUCCAAACCAAAAGAACUUGGUUCUCUUUUACACCAAAUUACGGAUAAACAUUAAUUUUUAUCCUUUUUUUUUAAUAGUAAUAAUUUGAAUUUUGAUUGAAAAAUAUGUAACAAUUUGAUUUCAAUAUUAUUGUAGCCAAGUUUGAAGUCUAUUGAAAAAAUGUAAAAUUUGAUUAAAUAUUAUUGUUGACACUUAUUUUUAUUGUUGUUGUGUUAUGUGUAAUUUAAAAUUGAUAAUAAUAAAUA